AUGACUAACAAUGUGUACACUUCUGAUGAACAAAUAGUAUUCUUAGGAAUCGGGAUUUACGCAGGAUAUAAAAAAACAAAAACCAAGUCAGAUUACCUUUCUUCAUUGGGUACUCAAAAUGCAGUCGCCUUGGCCGCCAACUGGUUUGCUUCAAGUAUUGGUUCAUCUAUAUUAUAUGCGUACCCUGAAGUUGGUACAAUAGCGGGAUUAUUAGGUGUAUUUAUGUAUGCCUUUGGAAGUGUUGUACCGUUAUUUGUGUUUGCAUGGCUUGGUCCUUUGGUCAGGAAAAAAAGUCCCGAAGGAUUUACUUUAACACAGUUUACGUUGGAAAGAUUCGGACGCGUAAAUCAAAUUUAUAUUUCUUUAAUGUCAAUGGCUUAUAUGUUUAGUUAUAUGAUAAGUGAGCUAUCAGCUGUUGGCAAUAUUAUAAAUUUAUUAACGGGUCUUGAUAAAUAUGCACCAGUUAUUAUUAUUGCCUUAAUUGCAACUAUAUACACUGGAUAUGGAGGACUUCGUGCAUCUUUAAUCACAGAUCAUAUUCAAGGGUGGGCUAUUAUUAUACUUGUUGUACUUUCCACAAUUGGGCUUGGAACUUCUGUGAAAAUUGAGAAAUCUGUCGUCGACAACUCUCCUCUCCUGAAAUCCAAUUCAUUAGGAUGGCAAUUGCUUUACAUUAUGCCCGUCGCUCUCGCAUUCUCCACUCUUUUCCACGAGGGAUUUUGGCAACGCACAUUUUCAUCAAAGAAUAAUCGUGAAUUGCGACUUUCUGCGGUCUAUGGUUCGAUAAUGUUAUUCCCCGUCCUUGUUUUGAUAGGAUUCACUGGUAUAUUGGCGGCAUGGUCAGGAUUAUGGCCAGGAGAAGAGAAUGUAGAGGGAUAUUUAGCAUUUUUCACUUUAUUCAAAGCAUUACCAGAUUGGGUUAGCGGAAUCAUUUUAGUAUUGACCGUUAGUAUGAGUUGUGCGGCAUAUGAUACAUUAAUUAGUGCCACCACUGCUAUCAUUUCCAAUGAUUUGUUCCAAAAUCGUCUUUCGUUGAAUGUUAUACGUGCUUUAUCAUUAGUUGCCAAUAUUCCAGCUGUUGUCUUGGGAUUAAGAGAUUUGGAUGUAUUGAGAGUUUUCCUUAUUGGAGAUUUAUUAGCGGCGGCUACAAUGCCUCCCAUAUUAUUAGGAUUAUUUGAUCCAUUUUACUUCAUCAACUCGAUUGAUGCAUUAGUAGGAGGCAUCGGAGGUUUAUUCGGCGUCUUUAUCUUUGGUUCAAUUUUAUAUAAUAGUGCAAAAAUGGGAAUUGAACUUCUCGGGUUACCCUCCCUUUAUAAUAAUGAUUAUAGUGUAUUAGGAGCAUUUGUUGCAGCACCUUUAGCUUCAAUCUUCUUUACUUUCCUUUCUUUUGGUGUGAGAUUAGGAAUUUUGUGGGUGUAUGCUAAAGUUAAAGGAGAUAAAUUUGAGUUCCCCAAGUUUAUUGAUAAGAGCAAAGAAAUGAAAAAAUCUGAGAAUGAAGGCGGUGAAAGAAAUGUUCAAGUUGCUGAAAAGGAAAAUGCGGAGCUUACCGAUGAUCAUACAGUUUAA